AUGGCGGCCUCUACCAGUACCCUGUCCGACCCCCAGGAAUAUCAGAAAAUCUUCCACUGGGCGGAAACCCAGAAGGAUGGUGCCAUCCCUUCUUUUAACACCCGGCGAAAUGACCCCUAUGAGUAUCAAUCGGGCUUCGGAAACUCGUUUAUGUCCGAGGCAGUGCCGGGAACCAUUCCUCAUGGCCAGAAUAGCCCUCGCCACGUUCGAUUCGGACUAUAUGCAGAGCAACUCACCGCCACGGCUUUUGUAGCACCGCGCCAUGCCAACAAAAAGGCUUGGUUGUAUCGUGCUCGCCCCGCUGUGGCUCACCAGGGAUUUACGGAUCUCCCCGACAACAAAGAUACCGAGUCGAAUUUCUUGCCGCUCAACCCCCGAGUUCAUGUAUCACCCACCCAACUGGCCUGGCAUCCCUUUGACAUCCCUCGCGGGGAAGAAGUGGAUUUUGUCUCGGGGUUGAAGACGGUCGCAGGCUCCGGAGACCCGACUCUCCGUGAGGGCUUAGCCACUCAUGUGUAUACUGCGAAUACCAGCAUGACCAAAAAGGCUUUCGUGAAUUCGGAUGGUGAAUUCCUGAUUGUUCCCCAGCAAGGUGCGCUAGACAUCCAGACGGAGUUCGGACCGCUGUUUGUCCAGCCAGGUGAGCUUGUCGUCAUCCAGCGAGGCCUGCGUUUCCGCGUCGAACUACCGGACGGGCCUUCGCGGGGAUAUAUCCUCGAAGUCUGGGGCACGCACUACGAGCUGCCGGAACUGGGACCUCUCGGGGCCAACGGGCUCGCUAAUCCUCGAGACUUCCUGUCGCCCGUUGCCCAAUACGAGAUUGCUCAGGAGCCGUGGGAGAUCCUAUAUAAGCUGGGAGGAAAGUUCUUCAAGAGCACGCAGAACCACAGUCCCUUUGAUGUCGUCGCCUGGCAUGGCAACUACGUCCCCUAUAAAUAUGACUUGACCAAGUUUGUCAACGUCGGCUCCAUCUCCGUCGACCACAUCGACCCGUCCAUUUUCUGCGUGCUCACGGCCAAAUCCCGGGAUCUGACGGCGCCCCUGGCGGACCUGCUCAUUUUCUCUCCCAGAUGGGAUGUUGCAUCGCACACCUAUCGACCUCCUUACUACCACCGCAACGUAGCCUCUGAACUGAUGGGUCUCAUCUACGGCGACUACGGCGGACGAUCGGAUGCCUUCAAGCCGGGAAGUAUCUCCUUCGAAUGCGGCAUGGUCCCCCACGGCGUCGCUUACGAGGAAUUCAAGGCUGCAUCGGAGAACCCGCCGCCGGUCGCGCGCAUCUCCGAGGCUUCGAUCGCCUUCAUGUUCGAGUCGAGUCGCCCGUUCACCAUAACCGAUUAUGCCUGGACCAGCGACAAGCGACAUGAGCACGAGCCGAAGAUGUGGGAUAGCCUGGUGGAUAAUUUCUCCAAGCACAAGGAUGAGGUCGAGGAGCUUCUGGCCCGGAAGGCGAAGGGGCUGAGGAUUUGA